AUCUGAAUAUUUUUUUUUUAUUUAUUGAACAAUUAUUUGGGAAUUUUGGUUGAUUACAAACAAAAACAAAAAAAAAAUAUCAAUAAAAAACCCAAAUAGUAAUGAGAAGCCUUAUGACCCCACCAAGCUUUUUUUUGAUAUCAACGAAAACCUUAUUGGUAUAAAAACUUUCCGAAUUUUUUGCCUAUAAAAACCAAAGCCCCCAGCAAAAUAGCACACAAAUUUUAAAAAGACUAUUCAAUCAAUAUGAAGUUAUACGUAGCUUUGGUGGUAACAGUUGUUAUAGGAGCUGUUAUAGGAGUUGGAAAUGGCUUUCCUACAAAAUUAGAAAAUUCCCAGGACAUGAAUAUUUGGCCAAUUCCACAAAAAAAUGGAACUAUUCGUUGGAUGUCAGAACAACAAGCAAUGGAAGAAGCAAAAGAGGCUGAGUUUAACAUAAAGGGCGACAAAGUUCGUUUCUACCUUUACACUCAGCAAAAUCCUACAACACCUGUUGAACUUAAAACAAACGAUUUGAAAUCCUUGAAAAACUCAACUUUCAAUUCCAAAAAUCCAACAAGGAUUAUGAUCCACGGUUUUAAUGUUUACUAUCUGGGUGAAGAGAAUACACUUCUAAGAGAAGCACUUUUACUUAAUGGAGAUAAGAGAGAAUUCAAUUUUAUAUCUGUCGAUUGGAGUGUUUGGAGUGAAACCAUAAACUACAUAUCGGCUAAGAAUAAAUGCUCCAAAACUGGCCAACUUGUUGCUGAGUUUAUAGAUUGGUUGCAUAAGAGUGCUAAUCUUUCAUUCGAUACGUUAGCUUUGUAUGGACAUAGUUUAGGAGCACAUAUUGCUGGAUUUGCUGGCAAAAAUGUUAAAGGUGGACAAAUUGAUACAAUUAUUGGCUUAGAUCCAGCAAUGCCAUUGUUUAGUGUGAAGAAAACCGAUAAACGUUUAGCAGAUAGUGAUGCCAAAUAUGUUGAAACUAUUCAUACAAAUGGUGGACUUUUGGGAUUUUAUAAUCCAAUUGGAAGGACAUCAUUUUAUCCGAACGGGGGGAAAGUUCAACCAGGAUGUGAAAGUGAUAUUACUGGAAUUUGUUCGCAUAUCAGGAGUGCAUAUUAUUUGGCAGAAGCUUUGAAGUUUCCCAAUAGAAAUGGACUGCGUGGAAUUAGAUGUAGAGAUUUUGAAAGUUUGCAAAAUGGUUCUAUGAUUCCUAUUGAUUUCGAUGAGUCUUCAGAUGAAGUUUGGUCAAUUCCACAAUAUGACGGAACUAUACGCCACAUGACGGAACAACAAGCUAUUAGGCAAGCUAUGCUAACAGAACCCGAACACUUAGGUUCGACAAACUCGGAUAAGGUUCGUUUCUAUUUAUAUACCCAAGCAAAUCCAACCGAACCACUUGAAUUGGAUAUGGAAAAUUUGGAAACCUUGUAUCGAUCAACAUUUAAUUUUGAAAAUCCUACCAGGUAG